AUGCCUUUAGUGACAAGACGUUACGGUAAAGCCUUAAGAUUGGCACUGCUGGGGCUGUUGGUUUGUUUGGUUUUCCUCGGUACUACAAGAUAUAACGGUGAUCAUGCCGCUGCAGAAGAGUAUCUAAGAAAAUAUUUAUCCGGGGGUCAAUUGGAACAUGCUUUAAAUAGUGUAGCUGCUCAUGGGUCUGAUGCUGCAGCUGCAUUAAGGCAAGGAGUUGGGUCGGAUCAACAAGCAGUAGAUCAACAACAUACGCAAGAUCAUGCUUCAACACAAUCAUCUACUUUGGGGCCAGACAGUACUGCGAAAUUGAAGAGAUUUUAUGAGGAGGUAUUCACGCAUUUGAAGAAUUUCUCACCAGAGGGAAAGAGUCAGAGAAUUUACAAAGAAGAUUGUCCAUUACAUGGUGAUAUCGGAUUUCGUCCUGAAAAUUAUGAUGAAUGGCCUACAUUGGCACAUGACAGCUUGGAAAAUUGUUUAGAAAUUAGUCCCGAGGAGGUCACUAUGCUGAAGAAAAACCAUGCAGCUUAUGUUGAUGUGCUUGGUUCCCUAAGGCUGCCUAAGAAUGUCUAUAAGGGUAAAGGUAUUGUUACAGUAGGUGGUGGUAAAUUCUCUCUAUUGGCGUUGCUGGUGAUUCGUUCAAUGCGUGAAUUAGGGACUACAUUACCAGUAGAAGUUUUCAUUCCACCAAGUGAUUUGGGUGAAAACCAAUUUUGUGAUGAAAUUUUACCUCAAUACAACGCUAAAUGUGUUUACCUUUCUGAUGUUCUGCCGCCAAACGUUAUUGCCAAUUCCCAAUUUACUGGUUAUCAAUUUAAAUCAUUAUCAUUGAUCGCAUCAAGUUUCGAAGAUGUCUUAUUUUUGGAUGCUGAUAAUUUCCCAGUCAAACGACUAAAUGAUGUUUUUGAUUUAGCACCUUACAAAACUACUGGAUUUGUUUUGUGGCCAGAUUUUUGGCGUAGAACAACUCAACCAAUCUAUUACGACAUUGCUGAUAUCACUGUCAACAGACGUAAGCGUAUUCGUAACUGUUUUGAUGACUUAACACCACCUGAAGUCUACACCAAAAAUACGAAAUCGAUGGAUGAUAUUCCAUUCCAUGAUUUUGAAGGUACUAUUCCAGAUGUUUCAACAGAAUCUGGUCAAUUGAUGAUUUCCAAAUCCACUCAUUUACCAACGAUUUUAUUAGCGUUAUACUACAACGUUAACGGUCCAUCGUGGUAUUAUCCUAUGUUUUCACAAAGAGCUGCUGGUGAAGGUGAUAAGGAAACUUUCUUAGCUGCAGCUAAUUUCUACGGAUUGCCAUUCUACCAAGUGAAGACUGCUACAGGUGUUGAAGGUUAUCACAGAGCCAAUAAUGAAGGUUUCCGUGGUGUUGCCAUGUUACAACACGAUUUAAAUCAAGAUUAUUUGCGUUAUCAAGCUGCGGCAGACGCAAUUGAAGCCAAAUACGGUGGUAAAACCGCAAAAUCAAUCAAAUACGAUAAACUUUACUCCCUGGAUAAUUUUUACAAAACUUUCUUUGGAUCCGAAAACUCCGCUCUAAAAGAAUGUGACGUUAUGUUUGCCCAUUCUCAUGCACCAAAAUUUGAUCCAUAUGGACUUUGGACUCAGAACGAGUUGGUUCAAGAUGGUAAACAUUUCCGUUCCUACACCUCAUUGGAAAAGAUUAACAACUAUGAUUUAGAACUAUCAGCCAUCGAUAGUAUUCAUAAAUUCGUGUGCCUUGAUAAGGUAAAUUUCAAAUACUUAUCGGAGAAAAUACAAUCAAAACAAGAGCACCAAGAGAUGUGCGAUUACAUUUCAAAAAGAAGAGAAUUCUUAUUAUCAACUCAUCAACAAGCUAUCAGUAAGUAA